AAGGUGCUUUGCACAGAGCAUGAUGUCCAUCCCUCUCGCGCAUAUCGUUUUGCUCGUCGCAACGCUGCCGCUGGCGACGAGCGACUGCCGCCGCACGUCGCCGGUGCCGCGCGUCGACGCGGCGACCUUGAGCGGCACGCGGCUGCUCGAGGAGUUCGUGUUACGGGAUGUGCCCGUCGUCCUGUCGUCGGCCGUCGACGUCGCGCGGCUCGCGGGCCUCGAGGGCUGGGACGCGCCGCCGGCCUGGGUCGACGCGUUGCUCGGAGAGCUCGCCGUCGCCGCGGACGGCGCCGCGUCGCUGCGGAACGAGUCGGCGGGCUGCGAGGGCGGCUGCCGCGUGGCCGCCGCGCGGUCGACGCCGCGGCGCCGGCCGCGCACGGACGCGGCCUGCGUGCCGUCCUGGUCGCUCCAGGUCACGGGCCUGACGCGCUGGACCUUCGAGCGGCGGUCGCCCGCCGAGGUCGGCGUGCCCGUCGGCGACGCGUACGCGAGCGUCGACGCGUUCGAGGCGGAGACGGCGCCCGGCGACCUCAUCGUCUACUACGGCGGCUGGGUGCCCUACGUCGCGACGGGCGACGGCCGGACGCUCCGGGGCGCGGUGGCCGCGGAGCGCCUCGAGGCCCGGCUCUGGGGCCCGGACGGCGUCCGCGCCAAGGCCGACGGCGCGGCGGCGCCGGCGCCGAACCUCCUGGCGGCCUGCCCGGACAUCCGCGCCCACGAGGGCUUCGACGGCUUCCGCGCGCGCGCGGGCGCCGUCGAGGGCCGGGUCUGCGCCGACGAGGCCUGCGCGGUCGCCCGGCGCGACGGCGACCUCGACCUCGUCGUCGGCGACGCGACGGGCGCCGUGACCUACUUCGAGAACGUCGGCGGCGCGUCCGCGCCCGCCUUCGCGGAGGUGUCGUCCGCGCCGUGCGCGGCGGCGCUCGCGGCGCCGGCCCUCGGCGACCUCGACGGCGACGGGUCCCUGGACCUCGCCGUCGGCGGCGUCGACGGCGCCGUCGCCUUCUUCGACCAGACCUUCUCGCCGCUGCUGCCGCCGCUGCGGUUCAAAAAGCUCAGGCGCGUCAGCCCGGCGCUCGCGGACCUCGACGGCGACGGCGACCUCGACCUGCUCCUCACGUCCGAGCUUCGGCGGCCCCUGGGCGUGCGCAACGAGGGCACGCUCGACGCGCCGGCCUUCGCCGUCGACGGCCUGGGCUACGCGCGGACGUUCCGCCUCGACGUCCUCGGCCGCGGCGGCUCGCUCGCGCUCGCCAAGGUCGCCGCGGGGCGCGUCGCGGGCGCGGAGACGCUGGUGGUGGCGUCCGCGGCGGGCCUCGCCUUCGCGCGGCUCGUCGACGACGGCCUCGUGUUCUUCGAGCCGCCGUUCAACUCGACGGUCCUCGCGGACGUCGACCCGGCCGCCGUGUCGCGGUCGUUCCCGCUCGACGCCGCGGGGAGCGCCGCGCCGGCCCUCGGCGACCUCACGGGCGACGGCGUCGACGACCUGCUCCUCGGCGGCCACCACGGCACCGUGUUCUUCUUCGACGGCGCCGCGAAAGUGUCGCCGCGCUUCGGGGGGCCCGACGACGCGGACGAGGACGCCGUCGACAACUUCUACUUCCAGACCGCGUUCCGCGUCGACGUGGAGUAAGGGGGGCGGGCGGCG